AUGGAUCUCAAGGAAAACUUGGUCCCUCGAACAGACACCACAUGCACUGGCAAUAAAUUGUGGUAUGUCUGCACUGCUGGCGACUACAAAGGUUGUUGUUCAAGCAAUCCGUGUACGUCGGGGAUAUGCCCAGAUGAUGAUACCACGACCUCGUCUAUAACGAAGACCACAACAACCUCCAAAUCCUCGAGUACCUCAAGCAAUGAUUCAACAUCAACAAGUUCCACAGAAGGGGCUACUACUGCGACGGCCGAAGCAACCUCGUCUGCUUCAACCAUGGGAAGCAGCAGCCCAGGUACUAUCGCAUCAACGACAUCUACAAGUACCUCAACCGCGGCUCCUGUAACGUCCAGCUCUAGCAGUCACUCAGCCAUAAUUGGCGGAGCUAUUGGAGGUAUAGUCGCCUUUCUGUUCAUAGCAGUAAUACUGUUCUUUUGCUGGAAGCGCAGACAGCGCAUGAAAAACACCGAACCCCUCAUUAUCGACCACGGUCAAUUGCCCUCAUCUUGGCGCAUGGGACGUGCAAGGAAAUAUGGCAACGGUAAGCACAAGGACCCCCUCCUCAAAGAACAAGUCAUUAAUAUUCGACACAAAGGCUCUACAUACCCUCACUUCGAGCCCUCGAUCACAGACUACCACGAGAACACCGUCAUUUCUGCCUUGGCAGGAGGCCUUAAUGUAUCAAGAACAAGCCCCAGUCCAGCUGGCGAUGCAUCAUGUGCGGAAACAAUCCCCGCCAUCCCAACGGCUGAGCUUCUCGCCCCCAUCCCCAAGCGACCAGGUCACACACCCGAGCUCCCAGAUACAAUGGCCCGGCGCAUGCGAGCUGAGCUACCAUCCGACUCUCAGAGAGAUCUCAUUAAUGUGCCACUGAAUCAACGACAAGGGCUGAUGAUUUAUCAGCGGGGUGGAAUUGCCAAUCUUCUUCCUCGGGACUCCUUGGAGCUUUCUUCGACAUCAUCUUCACCAAAUACUACCAACAGCAGUCCAAAUACUGGCUCGAAGUCCGUCGCGGGCCUUGUUCCGCCUUUCAAAAGUAUGAGUCCCAGACUUGUGGCACGUAAUACGGCACGGAGAGUAGUCACCGAGGAAGGAGUUGUUAUGGGUGCGAAUCUGGAUCGGUAUUCUGGAGAUCCCAGAGUAGAAGACAUGGAGCGUCCCAUUGAGGAAGGGAAUAGGGUUGGCAAUGAGAUCAGAAACGGGAACGAGAAUAGUGACGCCGAUACGAAAAAAGGCAAGGAGAACACAUGGCAGUCGCAGGACCAUGUUAUGAGUUUCAUGAACUUUGAUGGCAGCCUACCGUUGACCGAUGUAUCUGAGGCUGGUUGCUCAUAUUAUGAAGCGGAAGGACCAUCUCCUCCUAUCUCUUCCCCCACUUCUAUUUCUGCUUCUCCGCCAAUAUCUUCACCUAUUCCGAACAGGAUCGGAAACAUGACUUUCAUAGAUAUGGGUCCUCUUUCGCCGACGCCGAGUGAAGUGCCUCCUGCUUAUGAGGCUGAGGAAGGAAUUGAAUUUGAGGUAAAUGGGGAGAGGAAGACGCCGGCUAGGACUAUGGGAAUGGGGAUUAGGCGAUUUGGCUAA